AUGGGACUCAAGAGAAAACCCCUGGCCCCCCUUCUCCAACUCCUCGAGGGCCAACCCAGGAAGGAUACACAGGGGACGCCACAAACCGAGGCUCCUUCCCCACCACCUCGGCCUCCUAUUAUCCAGACCAGGUCAUCUUCCACCAAGUCACAGCCACAAUCCCCCCACCCCGAACUUCCUGCUUUCUCCCAACCAGCUCGGCCUCCUCGACCCGAAGGCACUGAUUCAAAGAGAAAGAGGAGUCCCAAGGGCAAGGAAGUCACGGAGGGGGGAAAAUCCCACCCUUCUAAGGAAAAGGAUGAGGCUCCGCGUACUAAACAACUGAAGAUUGGACACCAGGGCAAGGGCAAAGAAACUGAAGUCCAAACUUCUCAAGGCAAGGGAAAGGGGAUUGAGGCCCAGAGUAAGGCGGCCGAGAACGAACGUAAGAAGCGCAUAACGGCCUCGAAGACUCUUGAAGCCUCUGAGGAUGAACUUGCCAAAGUCAAGGCUGACUUAACAAUAAUUAUCCGUGAGAGGGAUAACGUCUCGGCAGGCCUAGCUAGCGCCCAAAAACAGGCCGAGGACCAAACAAAGCGCGUACUUGAAGCCGAGAAUCAGUUGCGAAUAGCCAAAGAUCUGAUCAAGGGUUUAAAUAAGCAGCUGGCCGCGGUUGAGCAUGAUAAAGGGGUGGCAGAAUACGCCCGUGAUGAAGCCCUAAGGGCCAAGAAGGAGGCCGAGUUUGCCAGAAACGAGGCAGAGGUUGCCAAGGAAACGGCCGAGGAUGAUGGUUAUAAUGCGGGGGUGACCGAAACCCAAGCCAUCCUUAAAGCCCAGAUUCCUAGAGUGUGCAGGUUUUAUUACUCCCAGGUUUGGGAAGAGGCAUUAAAGCGAGCUGGAGUGGAUGUUUCAUCUGAUUUGUGGAAGGCGGAGAACAUAUUCUACCCUACUGCUAUCCGCGAGGCCACUUCCACCAGCUCCGUGACUAUGGAUGACCAACCCGAGGAAGGGGUCAUCCCGUCGGAAGACUUACAGGUCAGCGGUUCUUAUGGCAAGAUGCUCAAAGAGGGAGAACUUUAG